AGGGCUUGAUAAGAGGUGUUAAUAAGUAUGAAGUUUGGAUCUUAUUGAAGUUGCACUUAGCUAUUACAGUCAGUAGCUGUUCAAAAACCUGAGUGAGUAUAGCCUACUAUUACAUAGCUAAGCUUUUGUUUGAUAAUUAUUCAUAUAAUUGUAUGAACCUUGAAACACAUGCGCCUUUAACUUAUUUCCUCAAUGAUGUGAUCAACUUGGACCUACUUUCUUUAUGUGUGUUCCACAUAUGCCUUCUUAUCUGUAACCUUUUCAUGGGUAUUUAGUGGUUGUCUAACGUGAUUGAGAAUGUCUGUCUUUCUGUAGCAGGUUCUGAGCCAGAGUUGGGUAAGAGAAGCAGUCGGAUGACAUCAUGUUGUUAUGGCUGUUGCUUCCAAUCUGCUUCACUGCCAUUGGGCUGGUCGGCAUAGCGGCAGUGUGUGUUGUGGCUGUUUCCCAUGGGUCCGUCAACAUAACAGAGAGCUUUCCGCUCAUCAGCUAUUGCGGCAGCUACCAGCCCGAGAGUUGCAUCUUCUCCCAGAUAUGCAACAUCUGCUCGCUUUUAGGCAUGUUGAUUGUGGUGAUCCGCUAUCAGCAAAUCCGGGACUUGGACUGCCAUCCAAAAACCAACAUGGCCUGCCUGGCUCUGGGGCUAACCUCCUCGUCAGGGAUCUCCCUCAUGGGCAACUUCCAGCAUUCGGCUGUGAUGGUGCUGCACUUCUUCGGGAUGUUCCUGGCGUUCAUCCCAGGCCUGGUCUACUUCACGCUCCAGCUGUGGCAGAUGUACCACAGCGCUCCCUGCCACCACAAGCACUGGCUGGGGCCGCUCCGGGUGGCAUGCUGCUCGGCCUGCACCGCCCUGCUCUUCACUGCAAUGGUUCUGUUCGCUGUGGGCCACAUCCCCGGUGCGGUUGCGUGCGAGGGCCUCGUGGUGACGCUGUUCUUCUGUCAGUUUGGCCUCUUGGCUGUCGACUUCAAGCAAAUCGACUGCCUCGAGCUCAGCCUUUCGAAAUAAAUAUGAGUCUAUCAUAUUUAUUUCUGAUAAGAAGUAGCCGUUGUUUCCGAUACAAGCUGAAGAUUAAAAAUGUUAAGGAGUUUUGAGGGGAAGAAGCUGCAGAAGUUAUUAAGGGCCAAAAAAAUAGGUAAUAAGUAAUUACAUAAAAAAUUACAUAAUGUAUACAUAAUGCAUAAUGAUAUAACAACAAAGGAGAAAACCUAACAUUUUGUAAAAAGUAAGUUUAUUUAUUUUUUUGCUUUUUUACUUGCCAAAUACAACUGCUAUCUUUUAUUUCACUGAAUGCCCAUUACUUAGAAUCCUACAGAUAUAUGUACAUGAUAAUAAAGUUGCCGGAAAACAGCCUGGGAAAAUCCUCAUUGGUUGUCUGUUAACUAAUAAAUGGCACUUGUUUAA